AUGCCGGAUUCUUCCAAACAUCUCGAAUCGACCCUUCACAUCCUGCCCUCUACUGAGCAUUGCGACAAAACUGCAAUCCACAGAGCCUCCGUGAUGGCGGCAAACAUCAUCUCCCUCCCGUUCCGAAAGGGCGUGCACCUCUCCCUCUCGACAGCUAUCAAGAAGUAUAUCAGUGUAAAAUAUGACCAGCACCCGGACAUGUUUCGCCAGGACCUCGAGGUCAUCGAUGCGCUCCGGACCGACGCUGUUAACGUCCGCGAACCGCACCAGAGCGGAAUCAAGAGGCUCCAGGCCUACGCCGCCCAGCUGGUCUGGAUCGGCGGAAAGUUCCCGAUAGAUAUCGGCGCCGACUUCACCUGGUAUCCCUCCCUCGGCUACAACGUCGACCGCCCCAUGGUCCGCAACAACCUCAAAUACGAACUCCUCAACGUCCUCUACAACCUCGCCGCCCUCUACUCCCAACUCGCCAUAUCCUCCCCCCGAAACACAACCGAAGGCCUCAAGACCGCCGCGAACUACUUCUCCCUCGCCGCCGGCGUCCUGCAGCACAUGAUCAAGGAGGUUGUCCCCGAGCUCAGGAUGUCCGACCCACCCGAGGACAUGGACGCGCAUACCCUCGAGUCCCUGACGCAGCUGCUCCUCGCCCAGAGCCAGGAGUGCUUCUGGCUCAAGGCCGUUAUGGACGGAUACAGGGAUGGGAGCAUCGCGAAGCUGGCCGCUAGGGUCUCGGAUUUGUAUGACCUUGCUGGGGAGGCCGCCGUCAAAAGCGACGCCAUUAGCGCGGCUUGGAUCCAUCAUAUGAGCGCCAAACAUCAUCACUUUGCGGCUGCCGCGCAGUAUCGCGCUGCGCGGGAGUGUCUCGAGAGGGGGAAGUUUGGGGAGGAGGUAGCGAGGCUGAAGGACUCGGUUAAGUGUGUUGUUGAUGGGCUAAAGGAUACGAAGAAGGGAUAUCUCAACAAGACGAUCAUCGACGACCUCCAGAAUCUGAAGAAGAAGGUUGAGGAGGAUCUGAAGCGAGCAGAGCGUGACAACGACAUGAUAUACCUAAAUGCCGUGCCAUCCAAAGCCGAACUGAAGAUCCUCGAUCGCGCCAACAUGGCCGCUGCCAAGACCCCGCCGCAGGUAGCGAAGCCCCUCGAUUAUCUCGGCGACCAGGCAGAAUUCGGCCCCGCCCUGUUCUCGCGCCUCGUGCCAUUCUCCGUACACCAAGCGACAUCCAUCUACGAAGAAAGAAGAGAUCGCCUAGUCAAUCAAAACAUCAUCCAGAGCCUCGAGGUUCUAACUGAAGAUGUGCACUCCGUCCUCACGUCGCUAGGUCUCCCCGGAUCGCUACAGGCGUUGGAAAAACCCUUGGGACUCCCGCACAGCCUCACGCAACACGCCGAGGAGAUAAGGCAAGCUGACGCCAUCAACCGAAUCAACAAGAGUUUCACGGACAUAGAAAAGCUCCGAGCGGCCGAUCAAGCCAUAUUCGACGAGGGUCUCGAGAUCCUAGCCUCCGAGGAGGAGGAAGAUAAUCGCCUGCGCCUGAAAUACGGCACGGAUAGGUGGACCCGUCCCCCCGGUCCCGAGGAUCCCCAGGGAAGCAGGCUCUGGGAGCAAGUCCGCGAAAUAGGAGGAUAUUUCGCCACGAGUCUGAGCAGCGACGGCGUCGUGCGGGAAAAGUUCGCCGCCGUAUCGGAAACCCUGACCCUCCUUGCGGGCCCCGACAGGCAUCUGAUGAGCUACGUGCCGUCGAGCCUGCAGGCCACGAUCCCCGAGAACCUCAAAACAGUCAUAGGAAGACUGCGAGGUGCGUACAACGACGUGCUGCGUCUUGAAUCUCGGCGAAGGAAGAAGGUCGAGGCGCUGAGGGAGAAGUGUCGCGCCGACGAUAUCCGGCCGGAUAUCCUCAAAGAGGCGGCGAGGUUGGAGAGAACGUACCCCUCGACGGCGAUUGUGCCGGCGCAUUUUGAGGAUUUCUUCGAGAAGCGCCUCGAUAAACUUUAUGAGCCGGAACUCGAGGCCGUGGAUAAGGAGAAGGUGGAGCAGGAGAGGUUGUUGACGGAGGUGACGCGAGUGAAUCGCGAGUUUGAGAGUCAGAAGAAGAUGGGGGAUGGGAGCACGAAGUUGAGGGAGCAGCGGCUUCAGACGCUUGAGAACGCUUAUUUCAAGUAUAAGGAGAUCAUAAACAACCUGGAGGUGGGGAGGAAGUUUUACAAUGAUCUUAGCAAGAUUGUUGGGCAGAUUUUUAGGGAUCAGGCGAGGGUGUGGGCGAAUCAGCGGAGGAUGGAGGCGAGAAGCCUAGAGGACUACUUCCCCCAACAAACACAACCGCAACACCACCAACCCGUCCCACAACAGCAACCACAAAACACCAUACCGAUCCCCUCCGCCGUCCAGGAACCACCGCCCGAGGCUCCCAUCCAAUCCUGGGCCGGCUCGACGGUUUCGCCGCAGCAGCCCCGGCCGAUGGCGCCCAUGCAGGGCAUGUGGACUCCGGAUAUGCCAAUCAAAUUCGGGGGGCCUUCGGCGGCGCCGGUGAGGGGAAAUACGCCGGGUGGGAAGCAACCGUCCGGGACGUGGGAUCCGAACUCCGGUAUCAAGUUUGGCUGA